CCAGCGCCUGCUGUUGCCGUAUAAAUAGAGGCAGCGAGCAGCAGGGAGCUCCUGGCAGCCACCAUGAAGGGCCUCAACCUGCUCUGCUGCUGCGUGGCCUCGCUCCUGCUCCUCAGCACCGCAGAGCGGCACAGCCCCGGCACGGACCAUGUCGGCGGCACUGCCGAAAGCCCCUUGCCGGCUGCAGAGCCCAAGUUGGAGGAGAAGGCAGCUGACGGCAGCCCUGAGGAGGAAAAAGAUGGCAGCCCCAUCAACACCUCCUUGCCCAGUGUCACCAAAGACGGACAUGGCAAGGGGGAGGAAGAGCCCAUGGGCGGCCUGAGCAGGGACUUGGGGCCAAGGGAUGGCCAGCCGGAGGAGACCAUCAUGGAGAAGGGCCAGGAGAGGCCUGGAGAGCCACAGGGCCCAGGCGAUGACACCACCUUGGGUGUCCCUGAGGCAGCACAUAAUGAAGGGAACCACCUGCCUGGGCCACAUGAUGGCUUCCCCGCCCAGGAGGAUGAGAAGCCCAGCGCCAAGGAAGGAGCCUCUGAGGACCAGGGGCAGUCUGGGCAAGAGAAAAUAGAUGGGACAAGAGCAGUGUCUGCACCAAAGAAGGAAGAGAAAGGAGCUGAACAAAGCUCAGAGGAAGAUGACAAGCAGGGGGAGUCUGAGGAAGAUGAACAUGGUGAGUCUGAGGAGGAUGGAGGCGAGGAAGAGUCCGAGGAGGAAGGCGAGUCUGAGGAGGUGAAAGAAUCUGAGGAAGAUGGUGCUAGGCCAGCAGGGCCAGAGGACAGAGAUAAAGGGAGUGACAAGGAAGUGGUUGGUGCUUCUGGCAAUAAGGGCAGUGGUGAACCAGCAGCUGCCAGCAAGAGAGAAGCCAGAGAUGGCCCUGUCAGCUGCCAUCACUCACCCUGUAGGGAUGCAGCAGAAGAUCCACCAGCAGCAGUGGAAAACCCACCAGCAGCAGAAAACCCACCGGCAGCAGAAGACCCACCGGCAGUGGUGGAAAACCCACCGGUGGUGGUGGAAAACCCACCGGCAGCAGAAGAUCCACCAGCAGUGGUGGAGAACCCACCAGCAGCAGAAGACCCACCGUCAGUGGUGGAAAACCCACCAGCAGCAGUGGAAGACAAGCCACCAGCAGCAGAAGACCUGCCAGCAGUAGUGGAAAACCCACAAGUGGUGGAAGACCCACCAGCAGCAGAACUCUCUGCAGACAAGCCAUCGUUGGCAGAAAUGGAGAGCACACCUGGCCACAGCACCCAGCCUGCUGCCACCAAGCCCUUGCGUGGCCAGAUAGAAGAGGUUGAAGAUACCAGCGAGCCAACCAAGCGUGACCGGUCCCACUUGGAGAACACUCUCAAGCUGAACGAGGACAAGCCUGCCGAUGAUUUCUCAGGUGUACUGCAGCGGCUGAGGAAGAUCUACCACUCCUCCAUCAAGCCCCUGGAGCAGUCCUACAGAUACAACGAGCUGAGGCAGCAUGAGAUCACAGCUUACCCUGGACGCACCCUGGGCUCCUCUGCCACAGAUGGGGAGAUCACUUCCAAGCCAAUGGUGCUAUUCCUGGGACCAUGGAGCGUUGGCAAAUCCUCCAUGAUAAACUACCUCCUCGGGCUGGAUGACACUCCCUACCAGCUCUACACAGGGGCAGAACCCACCACCUCCGAAUUCACUGUCAUCAUGCACGGCCCCAAGCUGAAGACCAUCGAGGGCAUCGUGAUGGCUGCCGACAGUGCCCGCUCCUUCUCACCCCUGGAGAAGUUUGGGCAGAACUUCUUGGAGAAGUUGAUAGGGAUCGAAGUGCCCCACAAACUGCUGGAGCGAGUCACCUUCGUGGACACUCCGGGCAUCAUUGAAAACCGCAAGCAGCAAGAACGAGGUUACCCAUUCAAUGAUGUGUGCCAGUGGUUCAUUGACAGAGCUGAUCUCAUCUUCGUUGUCUUUGACCCUACAAAGCUAGACGUGGGCUUAGAGUUGGAGAUGCUGUUUCGCCAGCUGAAGGGUCGUGAGUCUCAGAUUCGAAUAAUCUUGAACAAAGCUGACAGUCUGGCUACCCAGGAGCUCAUGAGGGUCUAUGGUGCCUUAUUCUGGAGUCUGGCACCUCUCAUCAACGUCACAGAGCCACCCAGGGUGUACGUUAGCUCCUUCUGGCCCCACGAGUACCAUCCGGAUACCCACAAAGACCUGUUCCUCAAAGAAGAGAUAUCACUCCUGGAAGAUCUCAACCAGGUGAUUGAGAACAGGAUGGAAAAUAAGAUUGCCUUCAUUCGCCAGCACGCCAUCCGGGUGCGCAUCCACGCCCUUUUGGUUGAUCGCUAUCUACAGACCUACAAGGACAAAAUGACCUUCUUUAGUGAUGGAGAACUGGUGUUCAGGGACAUUGUGGAAGAUCCUGACAAGUUCUUUAUCUUUAAGUCCAUUUUGGCAAAGACCAAUGUCAGCAAAUUUGAUCUCCCCAACCGUGAGGCUUACAAGGACUUCUUUGGAAUCAACCCCAUCACCAGUUUUAAGCUGCUGUCUCAGCAGUGUUCCUACAUGGGAGGGUGUUUCCUAGAGAAGAUCGAGAAGGCCAUCACUCGCGAGCUUCCCGAUCUCUUGGGAAGCAUCGGCUUGGGGAAGAAGCCCAAUGUUCUCUCCUGCGACAUCACUGGCUGUGGUGAAACCCCAAAGAAUCGCUACAGGAAACCCUAAGGUGUUCCGUAAUACAACCAUCCACGUGUUCCUACUGGUGAAUGAGCUUAUGUCUUAUCUGUCCAAGAAGCCGUGGUUUGUUAACCCUUUGAGUGCCACACUGGCAGAGGCUGCUGUACGAUGAGGACUUUGAGUCAUUGACAUCGAUGACAGGGGAAGAUGGGCGGGCAUAAGAAAGAGAAUAAAAACUGUGAAUUCCUGUCAUUUUAUCUUUGUUCUUUCAAGUAGAAGGCAAUGUUUAAGCUGUAAGUAUGAGCAAUGCACAGUGAGCUAGAACUGUAGCUGCUUUUUCACUGGUGCCAAAAGUGCGCAAACAGGAAUUUCAGCCUCUGCAUCCCCAAAGCUGGCAGGGAGGGAGAAUGAGGGCACGGUGUGAGCACAGGGGAGACCGGUGACACACUAACCAGGGCAUCACCAGGAGCCCCGGUAAAAAGCGCUGGGCAAGGAAAGUGAGGCCAGGUCCCAGCUGUUUUCAGACACAAACAUCCUAUGAAUCUCUGCAAAUACUGAUCUUGUUUUUCUUUCCAAGACUUUUAGGUCACCUGGUGAGUUCGCUCUUCACUUAACAGCUGAGUUGAACUUCUGCAGCCUUCACCUGGGUGUUCGCCUUAAGAAGGGGCUUUUGCAGGGUCAUUUGUAGUUCCAGACAGGGAGCUGUGGUGGGAUUUGCAAGUCCAUGUCAGAGGAAGAAGUGGGUUAGAAAGAAGCUGCCAGCAGUGGCUGAGCUGUGCUGGAGGAGGAGGGCCCGCACCCCAAAUCACACAGUCCCUCAAGGGGCUGUGAGCAGGUUUUGCUCUCCCUGGGCCAGCACAGGGACAGACACUUGGUGCUUGUGUGUGCCAUUAACCAAAAAAACCUGUGCUGGUGAGUCAAACCUGCAGAUCAGCAGGGAUCCCAGGGUUAAGGGUUUGGCAGUUUGACCUUAUUCAAGUUGCUGUUUCUUCAGUCAGAGCUCCAUGGUUUUGUGCUCUGUAGAAGAAGGCCCCAGCCAUAUCCUUGUUGCCCAUCUGCUGAUCUCUUCUCCUCAGGACAAUCCAGGCAGGUUGCUGUGGCUUGUUUGCCAAACUUUCUCCAUUUUAGCCCUUUGUUGGCUCAUCUCUGCAUGUCAGCGCUUAGUCCUGGAAGGAGAAGGGGUAUUGCUUUGGAAGUACCCAAGCAGGGCAAUGUUCCCCAUGGACAGCCAGCCUUGAAACCUGUCAGUGAAAGCUAGGGGAUUAGGAGUGGCCUCAUCACUUGACCCUCAUGGCCAGCACAGCUGACUGCCAAGCCAAGCACAAACCAGCCAAGAGGUAGAUGUUGCACUGGAUGGAGACUGGAGCCUUGAAGCCCACUGGUGACCUGCUGAACAUCCUUUCUCCUUCGUCCUGCCAAAUGACUGCAGCUAGUGCUGCUCUCCAGGGAACCUCUGGAGCAGAGGGACUUAGCUUUGACAGGAACAAGAAGGCGUGAAUGUGCCAGUUGAGGCAAGAAAAAGGCAAAAGGAAUGAAAGAGGGAAAGAGAAAGCUGGGAAUGAAGGCUCUGUUGUGAUGGGAAAGGUGUGAAGGUCAUCACCCCUUGUCUCUAUGUGCCCAAUGGGACAUGGGCUAGGGCAGAAGGUCCAUGGGAGCUCCACGUCCCCCGGCACUGAGGCCAGGCACUGUGAAGAAGGAGUCCCCCUCGAGUCCAGGUGAGUUUGGGGCGACACCGACCCAGGAACUUCCAUGCUCCUUGCCUGUGCUUCAACAUAGGACUCUGUCUUUGAACUAAUGAAGACGAGACCCAGAUUUACAUCCAAACAUGGGAGGGGGCAUGGCUUGUGCAGAGGGAUUUUGUCUGCAGCGCAGCGAGGACCAGAGGUACGAGUGAAAGUGAGCAGAGUGUCAGGGAAAGCAGCAGCCAGAGCAGCCUGGAGAGGAGUGAUGUGCUCGUGAGUCAGUGCCAUGAGGUCUCAAACCUGCCUCAGAGCUGCUGCCCAGCUCCGCUGCUGUUCCCUCUUGUCCAUGAUCCUGUUGUUCAAUGGCAUCCCGCUCUACCUCAUCCACUCCUCCUUGCCUCUCGCUCCUCCACUGGGCUGGUCUGCACAGUUUUCUUAAGAACAAUGGAAUAGAAACACUGACAGAAAUGUGCUAAUAUUGUUGCUGUCCCUGUUGUCAUGGUCUGUGUCACUGUCAUGGCAAGCAAAGGCCAUCAGACAUUUCUAUUUGCAAGUGCUGUAUUGUGCCAUCUCUUUCUUUGCUGCUGUGGGCUCUGGGAACCUAGGGAAAGGGCCCCCAUCCCAGGAAGGAGCCACAACUCUCCCUUAUGGCCUUGAACGCAAAGGCACCAUCGCUCUGCUCUCAGGCUGCUCCCAUUGUUCUCCCCAUCCCUUCCCUGUUUUCCUCUUCUUUUGCUUUACUCUCCAGCUCCUUGCCUUCUCUCCUCCCUUUCAUUUUCCUUCAGCACCUGCAUGCCCUGGACCCAUGUCCUGGAUGGGGCUCCUCUGUUAUGUCCCAAACCUUUUUUUCUCCCCCAAUAUUGUACGUUAAGGUUCUCUUUCCAAAGCAAUAGCAGCGGUUGUCUCAAGCCGAGGCUGUUUUCUGCUCCCUGUGACACACACGCUGCCUCAGGGAGAUGCCGGCACCAAGAUGUUUUCUCUCCCAUGGAUCCAAGUGGCUGUUAGUCCCAAGGGGAUUGUGGUCCCCAGCCCAGCUCUCUCUGAGCUUUCUUAGGAGAGCUCUGGGAAUCUGGGGGUGGAAAUGGGGAGCAGAGAGACCUUUUCACUUUGCCAAGAAACACCAAGAUCCCACGUCCGUGGUGCUGGGGGGUGAGUGUCUCGCCCAAGAGCAUUGCAAGAGGGAGGGAGCUGGGACACAGGCUCGCAUUGAUGCCUGUGAUCAUGUGCAUUGGGAUAAAACUGUCAGCUUGAACAUCGUCUUGUCUAAUAAAACCUGUUAUUUUUCAAACACA